ACUGAAUUUCGACCCUUUCCCAUUUCAAGGGCAAUCAGUUAAAGACUUGGAAGACGGGUCCUCAAGCACUGAUCGCAAGAAACCUCGUAAAAAGACACAUAAGGAGCCUGUGAAGCUUUCUGAAGAUAUUCCCAAUUAUGUUGGGAACAUAGCUAGUGUAGACGAUCUUGUCAAAUUUAUAGAAACACAUAAAUUUGGUGAAAAACAACUGAAAAAGAAAGUCAGUCAGAAGUCUAGUCCUGGCAGUGAGAUUGCUGCAAAAGCAGACAAAGCAGCUAAAAAGAAUAAGGAGAAGAAGAUAAGGGUAGGUCAGGCAGACGAGACUAACGACUCUCACAACGAGAGUGUGGAACUUGUCAACUCUCCCACCGCAGUUACCAGUGAGGCCCUAGCAUCCCCCAUUCCUCCAGCAGACGCAGCUGCUGCAGACGCUUGUCCAGUUAUUGCAGCAGACGAAGAGGAGGAGGAGGACAUGGGCAACUAUGGUGAUAAAGCUGCAGCCACCAGUGUAGUAGAAUCACAAGCUCCACUGGAGGAUUCCCAGUCAUGCAGCAAACCAGACACGAAGUUUGUGUUGAACAAAGACAUUGAACCACUUGCUGACAAAAUUAGUUCUUCCAAAAGUCCUCCUUUGCAUAAGAGGGAGGUUGAUCCGAAAGACAAGAACAAAACCAAAAACCGAGAGAAGGAGAAGUCUGUGGAGACUAUUCCUCCAUCUUCAGUGGAGAAUAAGAAACAAAAGGGUAAGAACGGAAAAUCAGAGGGUCAGCUUAGGAAUAAUAAGAAAUUGGAAAAUAAGAACUACAUCAUCAACAAUUCCAAAACUCUAGACAAAAUGAAACUUGAAAAUGGUCCAACAAGGAUGGUGUCUAAUUUAGACAGUGAUGAUCUUGCCAUCCCUGAAAAUCAUCAAGACUAUAUUUUCACUGACAUUGAUAACCUUCCGCCAGUUGAACAAGAGUUCACUUUGGUGAGUAAGAAAAAGAAACGUCCAGGUGCUAAAGACGUUGUGCCCGAGAUUCCUCGCCAAAAGAAUGGACCAAGGGAGAAUCGGGGUCUUCCACAACCCCGGUCUGUAACGCCACCACCUAUAUCCUCACUGUUAAAGAAGGAGCAAGCUCGGGAUCUCAGCCCGUCAGCCUUCCCAGCUCUUGGCAAGAAGGCAAAUGCUGCCAAGUCUCGGCCAACUUUCAGAGAGGGAAGGAGGAACUCGUUCGGUGAUGUUCCAAUUGAUACUCUGACUGAACUGAGGUCCCAGGAUGACAGUGACAUUGAGUCGGUGAAAUCUCUCCCGGCUGCCAAAGGAGGCAGUUUGAGUGAGUUUGUGUCGCGUUUCCCAGUGUCUUAUGCAAAGAUGGCUGCUGCGCCUAAACCACCCAAUUCACCCACCAGCCCAAAAGCUGAGGAAGAGGAGCCAUUUGACACCCAGUCUGAAAAUGCCAACUCCAGGAAACCUACCGUCUGGAAAGGCAGUCCUACUGAACGCAGACAUUCAAUCGGAUCAAGCCCUGAAGAUACCAAGCAAGAAAACAGUCCAAAGUUAACGCAGAGAUCACGACAGAAAAGUGGUAGUCAAGAAUUCCUUCUGUCUGACCCUGUGGUGGUCGAUAAGGAUGUGUCUGUGCCUGCUAGUGUAGACGUUGAAACCAGUUCUGUGAGUGUGAGUGAUUCAAAGGUCAUCUUGAGUAGUAGUAGUUCUAGCGAUAACACUGUUUCAGAGGACACUCUGACAAGUGUGACUCCGUCGGGGGAACAACCCUCCAACUCCUCCAAUGACAGUCAUCCUAUUCCAACCAUUACUGUAACAUUUGAUUCCAAAAUGCCUGGUAUUCAAAUUGUAAAAUCUGAAAACCCAAAUGGUCCUAAGAACGGGCCCCCAAAUGGGCCUAAGAACGGGCCCCCAAAUGGGCCUAAGAAUGGGCCUAAAAAUGGACCUCAGAGAGCUAUUAAGGCGGAAGUGUUGAACUAUACCGAAAGUUCACGAUCUCAACAUGCUGUGAAUCUGGGUAGUGUUUCCAAAGAUACCCGUAGUAAGCAAGUGUCUGUGAGUGCUCGUGUUGGUGGUAACAAUGGCAAGAAAAAUAAUAAAUCUGUUAUCUUCCUGGACAAACGAUUUGGUGAAGCUCCAGAAAACCUGGGCAUUACGUUCCGGGUUUGAUUCCAACUUUGAGCAUGAUGUGAAAAGCACCUGUGACAAUGACCAUGUGACAACUAGUGUGAACAAUAUUCAGCAGCAAGGGGCUUCUCCUUGUGAAAGGAAAGAUAGUGUAAAUCAUAAUCAAAGUGAACCUCAAUCUAUACCAGUGACGUUACCAAAAGACAAUUCUAACAAAUCAGAGCCAACUGCAGCCAAACCAUCAGAAACACCAUCACAACCAACACCAAACAAUGGCGGUGGGGCGGAGGUUCUUCCAGGCAGUAGCAUCAGCUCCUCCACAUCCUCCUCCACAGCCAAGAUGUCCAAGACGCGAGAGUGGGAGGACUCAACGGAGUUGUACUGCCGAAAACUCAGGGUUAUAGAAACAGCCAAGGUUCUAAUGCAUUAAGGACUGAACAUGCAGCAGCAUCUAGUGAGACUAAGUUAUCAGCUGCUGCUGCUACUGCUGCUUCCAGCAAAGAUAAUAAUAAAACUGUGUUUGUUUUCUAUGGUGACGGUAUUGUAGCAAAACUUCAGAACUCCGAUGUGUCUGUUGAUUCCCGGGAUGCUGAGCCUCCGCCCUCGCCAACUAGUCAACCCAAAGGACAGCUUGCAUUCUCUCCUGACGCCAACCACAGAGGGAAGUUCAAUGUGUCUGAGGCUGUAGCCUACUUGAAGAAAGAGUGGGACAAGGUGCUUGAACAGAAAGAUAAAAAUCCCCAAGCAGUUCAAUAUUAUGAUGGUCAGUAGAUCACAACCACCACCAACAGUCCAAGACAUGGGAUAAGCUGGUCAUGUGAUCUCUCACAUCACAUGUCGAUCAUAUGACAGCAGUGAGUGGUGUACAACAACCACGUAAUAGCCGGGAGAAAGCAAGUGUUGAUGACAUGGACUGAGAAGAAAGUGUUUCUUUUCUGUGUUGAUUGCUUGAUAUCUUUGCUGAAAGAGAAAAUUAGAAUUGAAUGGAGGAAAAAAAUGAGGAAAAACAGUUAAUAUUUUCUUUUGCUGUAUCUAUUUUUGUGUGUGGAGAAGUGGCAGCAAAGUUUUUUGUUUUGUUCAUUUUGUUUUUUAACGCAAGAAAAGCAUUUACAAGAAGCUAUCCCAUGAUUGUUUGUUGUACGGAGUUGUUUUCUGUCAAACCAUGCAUCUUGUAGACAUGAUUUGUUUGAUGUGAAGGCGAGAUGACCCACAUCAUUGUUAUAUUUAUUGACUACAGACCAAACAUCCACUGCAGUCAACGCACAUUUUACUGUUGGUGUCACACGAGUGCCACUGAUUACAUCUUCAACCAUACAUUCACUGGGCAUUUAACUCCUCUGACAGAUGGACUAUCUUGUGGGUCACUACUGAAAUACAAGCCUCAACCAGUAAUCUAUCUCAUUAACGACAUUCAACAAAGGAUGACAGCGAUCAUGUACAUGCUCCCCUCAGGAUAUGUGCUGUAGCAUCUGUCUGCGUAGAUGUGUGUAGUCCUCCCAUGCUGCUGCUGCUGCUGCCGCUGCUGCGUUGGAUCAAAUUGAGAACCAUGUCUGCCCACAGGAACACAACCAUCUAGUCUGUACCUGCUGCAGGUGGCAUUAGUGAUAACUCAACCCUGGGACAACCAUUUUGACACUUGAGACAUCUUCGUAAUACCAAAUGUUUUUGUGACAAAGAUGAAGCGACAUUUUCAUCAGGCAGGCAUUUAUGUUGAGAAACCAUUCGUAAACAGCACAAGCACAUAGUGUUUUACCAACCAAUUUAUUUUUUGUUUGAGAGAAGAAUCUGUGAGUCUUGCUAAAGUGAGUACUUUCCUCUAUUGAGUUCCGUUCUCCAUCUCCGUGCCUUUAUGUUCCGUUGACUCUCCUCUCCGCCGCCGCCGCUGCUGCUGCUGCCACCGCUGCCAGCUCCGUCAUCAAAACCUGCAAGGCCAGUGAUAAACUUUCAAGAAGGCCGACACCCGAGGGACACAUUUCUAUAGUAUCUCUUCUCUCGCGACGUGUACGCUUUACAUCUACGGUGCUAACAUGGACGCUAGCCAUUGACUGUGAUACCAGAGAUCAACUCUUAUUGGACGUACGUGACGACUUGUAUGUGAACACUGGUGUUUUCUACUUCCUGUGCGAUGAUACUUGGAGAGCUAUGAGUGUGCAGUUCAGGCAGCAGCCUACACCAGCCUGUGUCUGUCCGCACCACUGGCAUGUCUGUCUGUCUGUCUGUGUCUUACACCACCAUUCGUGUGCAGUUUGUGUUGAACUACCCUGGUCUGUGAUGAGAGGCAAGCUGUGUUGUUGCCCUAUUUGUGUUGUCAAUGUAUAGUACAGACAUCUGUGAUCCAACUCAGUAGAUGACGAUUCAAAACAAGGAAACGUGAACUAGCCACCUGCCAACAAGCAGAGAUUCCUUAGAGGAGAGUACCAGUGUUAGACAACAUGACAACUAACUGCCUUGGUAGUGGCUGUGUGUGAUUUCAUCAGCUGGGCAUUCAAGCUGGUGGGGAAACAGUCCUCAUUUAUUUGUAGAGCAAGCUACCACUGCCUGGCACAUUGAAGCUAGUUGUCAUCUAAUAGUAUUUGCUGCAAGAGUCAGCAUCCACCAAAUGUCAUAUGUCCAUGUUGAACAUGUCUGUCAGCCUCCAGACCUGGAUAGAAUCCUGGUCUGGGUCAGGAUCCAAGCCUGGGUCCGAGUUCCGACAGAGUGAAGUGUACAUUUGUAUCAUAACCAGAGCUAUUACAGCUUGUAGACAAUAAUUUGACUGUUAUUUAAAAAACAAUCCAAAAAUUGAAAAUCAUUCCGUGUGAUGCUGUAAGCAUGUAGGAACUGGGGGUUCUAUAAGGGAGGGGUACACUGUGAGAACAGUUCAACAGAUUAACAUAUUUCCAUAGGAUAAUUUGGUCAGAAUCGAUGUGUUUCUACCAUACUUCUGUGUGCGCCAUCAGGACCUGUGAUGUGAUUUCCAGUAAUCUUUGUUUACAAAACGCUUAAAAAAAAUCAUCAACAAAAGCAAUGACGCUGAUGAGAAUUUUCCAGACUUCAAACUGAUAACAAUUUUGUGCUGAGCCAGGGAAAAUGUCAAAGUCAUGCUGUAUGUUUUCUACUGGUGACUUUGGGUUUUCUACAAAACUCAAAAUCCAAAAAGAAGGAGAAGCAACCGUUGUAUGUCGAGUGGGAUGGCCAGAGCCACGCAUUGACGUGGGGCUGGGGCAGCCGCUGUGUGAGAUGUGCAGAACGUGCAUCGUGGGUAUAUGUGUAGUAAUGUGGUAACCUGUCAUACUUUGUACGUUCAAAGAAAGAUGAAGAGACUGUUACAAGGUUUCAGGGUGGGCUGUAGUCUUCUAUUGCACAAAACAGCCAUUCAAGUAGAUUAGAUAUUUAUUUUGUAUAACUAUUUAAUUAACGUUUGUAACUAUUUAAUUAACGUUUGUUACUAUUUAAUUAACAUGUGACCUCUUUGGUGUCUCUGCUCUGAAUGUAUUUUCUGUUUAUUCAUUUUGAAUAUUUUGGCAUUAUUUUGAGAUUUGAAUAUAUUUAAAUGCUUAUCAGUAAUAUUUUUCAUCAUGGAAUGCCCUGUCAUCGAGUUCAAACCAAAAUGGUCGCAAUCAUGUCUGUCAUUUUGGGUAUCUUUUGUGAGAAUAAUAAUUGUCUAAGUGCAACUUUAAAGACUACAGCUUGCUCUGCCUAUUCAGAACUGUUAAAAACUUGUUAUGGUGAAGAAGAAAAUAAACAGCUUCUGUUUCA